AUAGAUGAAUGUGGGGUAUCAAGGAAAUGAUAAUUCAAAGAAAAGUCUGUCCAUUAGCUUGUAAUUUUUAAGGCAUUCAGAUUCAUUCUUUUAAUAAUAUAGAUGCAUUUAAAGUUCUAUUAUAGUUACAGUUUUGUUAACCUGAUGAUAUCUUCAGUAAUGGUGAAUGAAUUUAUAAUGUUGUAUGUUGACAUUGACCUUACAGCAGCAUUUGAAUAGGAGCCAAGCCAAGGUCAAUAAGAUAAGUCAAUGUGUUCCCAGCUUAAGGAGGCUGACUUGUUGUACCCACAGAUACAUGGCAGUAAAGCAGACCUGAUCAGCAGGAUUAGCAUACAAAGUUAAAGAAUCUGUGCCAGAAGAUGAUCCCUGUUCUGUUAAGACGUACAUUAUUGGGUGCUCUUCAGAUAAGAAUUGGUCGACUUCCUUUCAGCACUAGAAGUCCUGGAGAUGUGCAAGAUAUGCAAGUGCAAGAGCAAAUAAAGCAAAAUCUAGAAAGAGGUCAUAUGACAGAACUUGUUCGAGAUUUUCUGGAUCCUGGUGACUUCUACAGGGCUCUACGUGAUAUUGGUAUAAGUUUCUUCUGUGGUGUUCCAGACUCAUUACUUAAAGAUUUCUGUGCAUAUGUUGCUUCUAAUGAGAAGGAAACCCAUCACAUAAUUACAGCAAAUGAGGGCAGUGCUAUUGGUUUAGCAACUGGGUAUCACCUCGCAACAGGAAAGAUCAGCCUUGUUUAUCUUCAGAACUCUGGAUUGGGUAACACUGUGAAUCCACUUGUGUCACUUGCUGCCCAAGAAGUGUACUCAGUGCCUAUGCUGCUGCUGAUUGGCUGGAGAGGCGAGCCAGGAAAGCGUGAUGAACCCCAACACAUGCUUCAGGGACAAAUUACAUCUCAACUACUGGACACACUAGGGAUCCCAUUUUCACCAUUGCCUGAUUAUAUUGAAGGGGCUAAGAAGACUCUAAAUGCAGCAAAACUUUACAUGAAAAACCAUAGCAGCCCUUAUGCACUUUUAGUUAAGAGGCAAACAUUUUUACCAUAUAAAUUUGGAAGACCUACUUCAGAGUAUCCAAUGUCAAGAGAAAUGGCCCUAAAGAUAGUUGUAGACUCACUUCAUGACAGUGAUAUAGUUGUCAGCACAACAGGAAUGCUUUCUCGAGAGCUAUUUGAGCAUCGAGUAGCUCGAGAGCAAGGGCAUGAAAGGGAUUUUCUUACAGUUGGAUCUAUGGGACAUGCAUCUACUAUUGCUCUGGGAAUAGCACUGAAUAAACCUAAACGACAAGUAUUUUGCUUGGAUGGAGAUGCAUCAGUAAUCAUGCACAUGGGAGCAAUGUCAGUAAUAGGCCAGAUGAGUCCAAGAAACUUGAAGCAUAUUGUUUUUAAUAAUGGUGCUCAUGAUUCUGUUGGUGGCCAGCAGACAGCAGCAUUUAACUGCAGCACAUUCCGUCUUACAGAGAUUGCUGUCAGUAAUGGCUACACUGAGGGAAAAGUAGCAGUGACUGUAGAUGAUUUGAUGACUGGAGUCCAGUGGCUUCAGGAAACUUAUGGCCCAGCCAUGUUGGAAAUAAGAGUGUGUCCAGGUAGCAGAAAGGAUCUUGGUCGACCAACACGUUCACCCAUUCAAAACAAAGCAGAUUUCAUGAAUUUUUUAUCAUUAAAUGCAUAUGAAUAGUUUAUCCUAAAUCAGUUUAUCAUUGAAUAACUUAUUUUGUAAGUAAUUACAGCUUUAAAAUCAGUACGGUUUUAAACUCUAAGUACAAAGAAAUAGAGAAUUAUCUACCUAACUCCAUGGAUAUGAGCCCUUCUUGCCAGUUGUGCAGCCACUCAAGAGCUUCCCAAUAUUUUAUGAAAUCCAAAGGUUCAUUACCAUGUUCACAAG